AUGGUCUAUGCUUCUGCCAUCCCGGUGAAGGCUUACCUCAACGCGGGGAACCUGGAUGUGGCCUUUCAGGAGGAGGUUGGGCGUUUGGUGAUUGCCGCUCAGUACUUUGGCGCGCUGCGCCUGGCUGCCCUGGGCUCGAAACCUGGCACCCGCCGGAUCUUCCUGAUGCCUCUGGGAGGUGGUGUCUUCAACAAUCGGGCAGAGCUCAUCGUGGGUGCCCUGGCCACGGCACUGGAGCUGCUGGCGCUAGAGCUGGGCCGAGAGGUCUUUGCCAGGCUGGACAUUCGCCUGCUUGCCUUUCGAGGAAGUGCUGGGGAGCAGGAGCGCAUGAGCAAGCUCCUCGCCGCUCUGGUACCUGCCUCUUCGUCUUCCACGGCGGCCGCAUCAAAGACGCCUUCUGUGCCCUCCUGGCCUGCUGCGCCGCCUGCUGCGCCGCCUGCUGCGCUGCCUGCUGCGCCGCCUGCUGCUGCGCCUGAUGCUGCGCCUGCUGCUGCGCCUGCUGCGCCGCUGGAGUCCACUGAAGGCUUUGUGCGCCCUGUGGCGCCUGCGUCCGUGCCCUCUGCGUCCUUCGCGCCCGCUGCAGAACCUGCUGCGGCUGCAGAUGCGGCUGCAAGGCCGUGGCAGCUGAAGGGCAGGUCAACGUCAUUGCUGGAUGCGCUCUUAGACGACGACUGA